UCUAUAAGAGUCGAGAAAUCACCAUUUGAAAGCAACUCUGAACUUAACCAAGAUGUCUAUGAAAAUUACAGCAGCCCUGCUCCUGCUACAGCUAAGUAGCUUCUUUGGAUCUGGGAGUGCUGGGAAGGUGCUGGUGUGGCCAAUGGAAUUCAGCCAUUGGCUCAACCUAAAGAUAAUCCUAGAAGAGCUUGUGAAGAAGGGCCAUGAAGUGACUGUUCUGAGACCUUCAGUUUACUUUUCUUAUGACGUUGACAACACAUCUGCUAUUGAAUUUGAAACAUAUCCUGCAUCAUUUUCCAGGACUGACAUAGAGGAAUUUUUCAUAGAAUCCUUCAAUAAACACAUUUAUGCGCUGCCAAAGCAAUCAUUUUGGGGAUACUUUGUAAUGUUGCAAGAACUGUUUUUGUUCGAGUCCGAAUUUUCUGAGCGUGUCUGCAAAGAUGCAGUUUUAAACAAGGAACUUAUUAAAAAACUACAUAAUUCAAGCUUUGAUGUCCUAGUAGCAGAUCCAUUCUUACCGUGUGGCGACCUGCUGGCUGAGAUUCUCAAGAUACCUCUGGUGUACAGUCUCCGAUUCUUUCCUGGCUUCAAGUACGAAAAGUACAGUGGAGGACUGCCACUACCUGCUUCCUAUGUGCCUGUUGCUUUGUCAGAAUUGAGUGAUCGAAUGACAUUCAUGGAGAGGGUACAAAAUCUAAUCUAUGUGCUUUCUUUUGACUUUUGGUUACAAAUAUUUAACGAGAAGAGGUGGAAUCAGUUUUACAGUGAAGUCUUGGGAAGACCCACGACCCUCUCUGAGAUCAUGAGGAAGACAGAUAUAUGGCUCAUUCGAACCUAUUGGGAUUUGGAAUUUCCUCACCCUGUCUUACCAAACUUUGAAUACAUUGGAGGACUCCACUGCAAACCUGCCAAGCCUCUGCCAAAGGAAAUAGAAGACUUUGUCCAGUCUUCUGGAGAACAUGGUGUUGUGGUAUUUUCCCUGAGGUCCAUGGUGAGUAACCUAACAGAAGAAAGGACCAAUGUGAUUGCUGCAGGCCUUGCACAGAUUCCACAGAAGGUUCUUUGGCGAUUUGUAGGCAAGAAGCCAGACACCUUGGGCUCCAACACACGGUUGUACAAAUGGAUCCCCCAAAAUGACCUUCUCGGUCAUCCUAAAACCAGAGCUUUUAUAACUCAUGGUGGCACCAACGGCAUCUACGAGGCCAUCUACCACGGGAUCCCUGUGGUGGGCAUUCCUUUGUUUGGAGACCAAUUUGACAAUAUUGUUCACAUGAAGAUCAAAGGAGCAGGGGUUCGACUGGACUUUCACACAAUGUCCAGCACAGAUUUGCUCCACGCAGUGAAGACAGUCACUAAUGACCCUUCCUUUAAGGAGAACGCCAUGCGGCUAUCAAGAAUCCACCACGACCAGCCAGUGAAGCCCCUGGACAGAGCCGUCUUCUGGAUUGAGUACGUCAUGCGCCACAAAGGGGCCAAGCACCUUCGUGUGGCAGCCCAUGACAUUACCUGGUUCCAGUACCACUCUCUGGACAUGCUUGGAUUCCUGCUUGCCUGUAUGGUGACUGGGAUGUUCAUCAUCACAAAGUGUUGCCUGUUUUGCUGCCAGAGAUUUGCAAAAUCUGGAAAGAAAAAGAAAAGGGAGUAGCUGAAGUGGGGAGGACUGACACACGGACCUCCUCCAGUGCAUCACAGCAAGGGAGGCUGUGAGGGGAGCUCCUUCAUCCUGUGACAAGGUCACUUCUCUCUCUUAGGCUCAUCAAUUCAGAACAUUAUUUACAAAGUUUUAAGGAUUGACCAUAUGCUAGAAAUAUUUUUGGUCACAGUGCAAGAAACUAGGAAAAAGUAACAGUCAAUCUAUAUUACUGCCUUUAAAAAGAUACUUCUGUGGUGCUGAAGAGAUAAGAACAUCUCCAUGCUUAUGAGCACUUUUUGUUCUUGGAGAAUAUCUGAGUUUUACCUCCAACACCGACAGACUGCUAACAGUCAUGAGUAACUCCAAAGUAUCUCAUGCCCUCUUCUGACUCCCUCAGACACUACAUGCACACAUACAUGCCGGCAAACACAUUCAUGCACAUAAAUAAAAAUAAAUCUUUAAAAAAUGGCUGUAAGUUAUAUGUUCUCCCCCAUUAUUUUCCAGGCUUAAUUCCAGAUCAUAAGUAAAUGAUGGCCAUAGGUCCUUCAAAAAUCCACACAUAAUGUCUAUAUUGUUUUGACAAUACUCCACAUAUGUUAGCUUCACAGUUGCAGAACUGUGUAGUUUUGUGGGGUUUUUUGUUUUGUUUUACUUUUCCCAAACAAGAUGUCCAAAGACUUACACUUUGUGGUGGCUCGAAUGAAAUGACCCCAAUUUGCUCCUAGGGACUGGUAUUAUUUGAAAGGUUUAGAAUUUGUGUCUUUGUUAGAGUCGGUAUGGAUUUGUUGCAGGAAAUGUGUCACUGAGGGUGAGCUUCGAGAUUUCAGAAACUCAAGUCAAGUCUGGUGCCGCACUUGUUCUUCCUCCUGCCUAACAAUCCAGAUGUAGAACUCUCAGCUCCUACUCCAGCACCUCAUCUGCUUAAGCACCACCGUGCUUCCCACCAUGACUAUACCCCCGAUAACACAAGGGCUGCUUCUCCCAGGGUAACAAGUACCCUGAAAGUGGACCCACACCUCUACUACUGUUCCUAGGUCCAACACCCCUGUCUCAUCCCUGGCUCUGUAUCAGGAAACCUGCUGUGGUCUCCCUUUCCUCUCUGACCUCAUCUCCAAGGAAUCACAAAAACCUUCUUCAACCUUCCUACCCCCAACUCAUCCCCGUACCUCAGCCUCCAACACCAGAAACCAUUCUCUGUGACCAGAUCAGCUUAGAAGACCAGGAAGACAGGCAACACACAAUCAUUCCACUCUCCAAAUUUCAGAGAAGAGACAGACACCAAGGAGCAAACCCUUCCCCAAACAGAGACAAAUCCAGAAAUCAGCACAUAGACCUGUAAUCAUCCAAAACCCAUGAGCUUAGCAGCCAACAUAAAAACACAAUCAAUAGCAGCCUAAACAAUAUGUCCCAACUAGAGCCCGGCUAUCAUCCCGUAUCAGGUCAUGAAUAUUCCAACAUAGCUGAAGCACAGGAAAAGGAUCUUAAAACCAACAAAAUGAAGAUAAUAGAUGUCC